AUGUCACAACUCGCGAAGCCACUGGCCACCUUGAAGUCUUCGAUACCGACACAUCUUAACUUUUCCGCGUUCAUUGACCGGUUUAAGCCUCCCAAAGGCGAAGCUAUUGCGAGACUGCGCGCUAACAUGCUUGGACUCGUCACCCUCACCAUCGUGACCUAUCUCCUCCCUCUCCCCACUCCAUGGGAAUCCAUUGCGGUUGUGCGACGUAGAGAAGAAGUCAGCAUGAUUUGGUAUGGUCUCUGUGCUAUCGAAACGCUCUUGCUAUCCUUCUUCAGUUUCAACAUCUUGCAAGCAUCGUACGCGCUCAAAUACCCGCGAACAUCCAUCCCGUUGCCUCCCCCACCCCCGUCACCUGCCAAAUCCCUCAAGACGUCACCUCCUACCCGCAAAUGGAACCUGGCAGCGAGUACGCGGCCACAGGUAAGCCCACGACCUCAGAAGGCAUUCACAUAUGCAGCAUCGCCAAUUUCCACACCAUCGCGCACGUUAAGCUACACACUCCCGCCAUCUGCAUCUAGCUCAUUCGAUUCAUCGUUUUCCACAUCAAUGGGGUCGAUUCCUGGAUCUCCGUCCUCACCAUUGGCAGCAUAUAGAGGUAAAUACAGCAGAACAUCAGGCCGUGCGUUGAACGGCUCGCUACUCAGCCGCCUUUCACAAGCUGCUGACGAUGACGACGAGUGA